AUGUCGUCCAAGCAAUUAAACGUAGCUGAGCAAGAACCCCCCUCCCAGCGAGCAAAACGCUCAUGGGAGGCCCAAUACCAAGAGCACCAAAACGCAAAACGCCUCGCCUCGCUCGAAAAAGUCGAAACUUGGCUCAAGGCGCAACAAUGCGAUGACAUCCUCGACCUCAUUGAGAACCAAGAAGGCACCAGCGAACUGAUCGCCCGCGCCAACGCCCAGAUUCGGCUCAUGGCCGAGGCCUGCGACGCGGGUCGAUUGGACGAGGCUGAACGGCUCCGUGCGGAUAUGAUGGCUGGUCUCUGCGAUUGGUUGAGGAAGCAUGCGCAGGAUUCGGGAAUGGACGCUGAUAGAGUGGAGUUUGUUUUUAAUCUUACGGGGAGGUUUGUUAGGGAUAACUAG